AUGUCGUUAAGAAUUUGGAAAUUAACUCAAAAUUUUAUGGGCAUUUUGAUUCGGAAUUAUGCAACUGCAACUGAAACGCCAAAAGUAGCUGUCUCCGAGCAACUGUUAUUAACCUUAGCAUCACCUGAUAACGCAUAUUAUAAGAAUGAAAUAGUUAAACAAGUCGACAUUCCGACGAUGAGCGGCAAUGUUGGUUUGUUGGCAAAACACGUUCCAUUAUUAGCAGUUUUAAAGCCGGGUGUUGUAAAAGUUCACGCUGAAGAUGGAACAUCUCGUAGUUUAUUUGUAUCAUCUGGCACGUUGUCAAUGAAUAUCGAUGGUACUUGUCAAGUGCUGGCUGAAGAAAUUUGUCCAUUGGAAGAUAUCGACAUGGAGGCCGUACGAGCUGAAUUGGACGAUGCGCAACGACGAUUAUCAUCAAGUACGAAUGAAAUGGAAAAAGCACAAGCUUCGAUUGCUAUUGAAGUAUGUGAAGCGUUAAGUAGAGCUGUGUGA